AUGGAUCAGUCAAAGUCAAACAAGGUAGUGUACACCUGUGGUGGAUGUUCCAUGUCUUAUUAUGAUUAUAAACAGUUACUAGAACAUUUGUACUGGCGGCACGGCACAGAGAGUACUUGGUGUAAUAGCUGUUGCUUGAAACGGUGGGCGUAUGCCGUCCAUAUAUGUCACGUGUUACCAAUUGAUGAGAGCCUAAUUGAAGCUACAGAGACAUAUUGUUUCUGUGGUAAAGAAAAUGAUUCGCCCAUGAUUGGUUGUGAUGCGGCAAAAUGUGAACUACAGUGGUAUCAUUUUGAGUGUGUUGGCGUAGUAUCGGCACCGGCGGGCAGUUGGUAUUGCCCACCGUGUAGCAAACGAUGGGCGCUGAAGAUUGAUAACCACAUACGAAUUAUCGGAGUUGAUCUGGAUGCUAGACUCACAUUCAGCAGACAUGUGGGUAUGCCGAAAGGCCAUUCAGGACCGGCAAAACCGACAAUGUUUGGAAGCUCAAAUCUAGAUUGUACUAUUGCGCUAAAUGUCGACUUUGGUUUCAAAGCCUUCGAAAGAGCAUAUUGCUGGAUGAUUUAA